GUUUCAACAGGAACAAUAGCAAAGCGUCCGCGCAUCCAAUCGACGGGGAUCGCUGCUGCCCCGCUGCACGAAGGAGAUCGAGGCGGCAACCCACGACGCCAUUUACCUGGAGACGUGUAAGUCGUCGUGCCUACUCCAUUCGGCGGCUGUCUAGCGUGGGUCACACACUGCCCAUGCCUGGAAUUGCUACAGCUUGACACAGAGAGUUUACAGCAUGGGCAACGAGAUCUCGAAGUUCGUGGACCACGAUCAAUCGAUCCGACGGACGCCGCAAACCGUCGUCGACAACGAGCACCGGUAUGACUUCGUGGCGACAUGGAGCACGGCCAACGUCCAUGCGUUGUUGAGGGCGUACACCAAACGCGCGACGCCAGACGGGACGUUAGGACAGGACAAAUCGCAAAGGCUUGAGGACAGUUACCAAGACAUCGUACGAUUAGAAACUCUUGUCGAGUCCAUGCGUCUUGAAGAUGCUGCUGCAGAUGUGAUCGACACGAACAUGACAGACACCCCCAUCCCACACUCUCACGUCGAGACCGGCACGGACGUCUGUCCUGCCCACACUCUUCAUGACAUUAAGGAUACCAUGACUCCAUCAACGCCAUCAUCCCAGCCAUCAACGAAACCUCUCAAACUCAAGACCAAACCUACGCCAAAGACACCAGAACAACUGCAAGAGGCAUUUCUCAACUCCACCGAGGCAGAGUACGUCGCACGACGGCACGACAUUCUCUUAGAGCUAGAAGCCAAGCGACGUGCGUAUCGCACGCUGGCGCAAUUGCCGACGUCGCUGGACGGGAUCGACUUUAGCCUGCCGGUGCAGUGGAGCCACUACUUUCAAUCGGUUAUGGAAGUGGACGCGGACGCGCAUGCGGGCGCCGCCGACAACGCGCGCCGCCUCUGGCAUCCUUCGUCCAUCGGACACAUCAUGGAGAGAGACCCGGGUGCACCUGGCCAGCUCCGCGCCUUCGCAUUGGCCACAGCUGCUGCUGCUGCUUCGUCUGCAAACGCCCAUGCAGGCGGCGAUGGCCAUACGGAGAAUGAAAACGCCAGCGUGUCCGACGAUGAAGAUAUGAACUCCGACGACGAAGAUGAUAAAACCGCAGCAAAAGCAGACGGCGAUGAUGCAGCCGUGGAAACGACAGCAACGACCCCUCCAGAAGCCAACGUCGUUGAACCACGUGGCGUGCUGACCAAGCGUAGCUUGGAUCAGCACACACUAGAGACUGCGGUGGCCGCUGUACCGUUGCCGCCGCUGUUCGAUCCGUCCUUGCGCAGUCCCGUGUUUUUCGGCUACAGUGUGCCGCCACCGGGAGGUCCGACACCAUCGACGGGACCGACAGGUUCUUCGAUCCUUCCUGGAACCCAUCGCCACGACGACGACGACGACAAGGUGCGGGCGGCGCAGUAUUUUGAAUCUCGUCUGCAGGAAAUAGCUCACCGAUUCCACGACGCCAACGCAAUUGAAACCGGAAAACUCAACGCACUCAGUGACCGGCGACACGCGCAGCUGGAGCGGCGGCAAAAGGACGCCGCGGUUCGACAGCGAGAGCUGGACGACGCGCGCAAGGAGGGCGUGGACCCAACCGCCGACUUUUUCCGCACGGCCGAAGUCACCCAACGACAGGUGGACAUUCAAGAAAGAGCAGAAGACGAUCUGUACGAGUCCCACAAGAACUCGAUCACGUCGCGCAUGCAUGCCGCCCGUGUCACAUGUGACCAAGACACGCAGUUCCUGCAAGGUCUCCAGUCGCCGGACAAGCCCAUGGGGGCUGCUCGAGCGGCGUUUCACACGGAGCAAUUGCGGUUGCAUCACCAGUCUCUAUUGAGUGCCAAGAACGACUUGGUCCAAGCGUCGACCGUACUGGACCAGACCAAAAGCCGGUCGCUGCUGCAACUGACGUCGGACGCGGCCAAACAACAGACGGCACGGGGGCAGUUGCUGUUUGCGGAAGACCAAGUCAAAGCGGCCGAGCACACGAUCGCAGUACUCUUGAGACAGAUCGAUGACGAAGAGUUUAUGCUAGACAGAGGGGAGACCCAAAUCGCUCAAGAAAUUACCUACUUUCCGAGUUUUCAAGUGUUUUCUCAAGAUGGCGAUACGUUGCUGGACGUGGCGUUUGCGUUGGUGGUCAUGUGCGCGGCCCCCCUCUCGGAAAAGCUAGAGUAUGUGAGUCAAUUGUCCGAAACCAACCUCUUGACCAAGCCCGCACUUGUGCAAAUCCUCACCGUGUUCUUUCGCAUACUGAAUCGAAUGGACCAACUGCGCACGCCGAAGGAUCGACAGACAUGGCCAGUAUUGGACGAGUUCCAUCUUGCCAACCUCGUCGACCACAUGGUGGGCAGCGGCGGCUUCAAGUCGUAUGUGACGACGUUUGAGUUUGUCUCGAUCGCCACAGACGCCAUCCAACGGUCCAAGUACUUGAGCACGAUUCUGCGUGUGCCGUGGAAGUACCAGCACGUGAGCCGCGUCCAGCAGCAGGCCAUGUCGGCGCUGCGCCAGUUUGAAUGUGGCCUCAUCAGUGCAUCCGACCUCAAGUACCGCCUCGCGCGCCAGAGCAUCCAGUCCGCGCCGCGGGGGGGGUCGAGUGCCAAGGAAGCGCUACAUGUCCGUGCCUUGGCGAUGGGGUCCAACGAUCCGCUGAAAGCCGAUUACUCUAAGUACUUGAAGCAUCGACGGCGCAAGGUGCUGUCGAAUGUUGUGCCGUUGGACCAUGCCUGCUACAAGAACCUGAUCGUGUACCGGUCCGAAGUGGCGGAAAAGGCGGCGAUUCGGUUGCAGACGACGUGGCGGGCGCGCCAAGGCCGCGUGGACGCGACGAUGGCGGCGCGAAAGCAGGCGUUCUACCAUGCCAAGGGGACGGCACUAGCCGACGCGAGGGCAUCCGUCGAGGCCGACUGGCGACGCCAAGAGGGCACCACCACGACGCUGGACAAGAUGAAAUUCGAUGCCAAGAUUCGCAUGCGCCAAGUCAAGUUGCGCACGAAAGGACUGGCGUUCAGUCGCGACGACGUGCUUCGGGUCAUGACGGAAGAAGCGGUGCAGGAUACACUCGAGGAGGUGGACCAUCGGUUUCGGGAAAUGGAAGAGGCCGCGGGGUACUGUCCAAGAGUGUUGCGGUUUGAUCCGCUGGACGACGCGCACUUUUCAGAGAUCGCGCACAGCCUCGUGGACCAGCUGCAGCGCGCGCGGCGGCCGGCGCCGGCCACAGCCAAACUCAUGCGCGCGAUCGCCGAAAAAGAGAUCAAGAAGGAAGUGCCAGAGACAUCUGCGACGUGGUGUGAACCAACAGACAAAACCGCGGUCGAACGGUUCCACGAAGCUGUCAAGGACCUCAAGGUGCAGAGGGAGGCCAGCCACGACCACAUGCUGCGAGGGAUAGAGCCUGUGCAGGCCACGAGCAGCGAACGACGCGAGUGGAUGACGCUCAUGUGUUCGAAUCCGCCAUUGAAAGAGUGGUGCGCUCGGCUCGUGGCCAUAUGUGAUGGCAUGACCCAGUUAAAGCUCACGGAACUGCUCAUGGAACUUCCGUCAAAACGGCAUGCGAUCGCUUAUGUGCGAGGGUUUCAUAAUGACAUUAUGGGGGCAGUUGAUCGAGACGCGUUGGUGGCCGACUUGAUGGGGCACUUUCGCGUCCUUCGUGGGGUGGAGCCUCUCGCCGAUGCAUUGAUCCACAUGGCUACGACCGACAUGGAAACGACUUGGCGCGACGAUAUACUCUAUCGCAUGAACGCCCAAGAAGCGUUCCUGGUCGAUUAUGUCCACAAAAGUCAUAUAAAGCACGCAGGCCAAGCCGCGCGGGAUGCCAGACAACGGGGCCGCGGAAACACUGACGCCAAGCUCAACAUGGACACGCAGCGAAGUAUGGCGGUGGACGCGAAAGCAAGACUUGACGACGCCAUGGUCAAGUGGAAAGACGCCGAGUUUUCCUAUGCCCAAGCCCAACGACGCAUGCAACUGGUGCGGGACUCUGCCGUGACACUAGUCGACCGCCGCGAUCGAAUGCUCUGGGCUGAGCGACUCAAGCGAGCUCUGGAGACAACGGACAAGGGCGCGCACACGUACAUUGAAGUGGUUCACGUGUGUCAAGACUUUGUCGAAGUCGCCCGCCAUGUCGCCACUCAAAUCGUCCGCGAAUACUACCUCCCCGUCCAUGAAAAGACUGUGAUGCCGGUGGCAGGUCCGUUUCUUAUGGACGGCCGCAACGACGGCGCCGUUCGAUCGAGUCACGGCAAGGGGCUCAAGUUUGAAGCACACAACAUUCGAUUCCAAGUCGCAUUGGACGACCACGACCGAUUUGACCAUUCAGACGAGCUGGCCGCCAAGUUUGCGGGCGCAGAGUGCCGCAACUCGAGCUUGUUUCUGCCGACGAUGCUGCUGACACCAAACGUACUCGUGCCCCUGCAGUGCUGCGUCGACUACCAUGGCAUGCGGGUGCUGUGUGUGUCCAAGCUCCCGAUAGAGUGCUACGACGUGAGUGACAAGGGUGUGGUGCAGAACGUGCGCACGGAAUUCGUAUAUGGCACGAACAACAAGGGGAAAACCAUUGUGAGUCACAGCAAGACCCUGGACGCAUCGAUAGCCAAGGUGAACGCGAGCUUAAACUUGGGCGCGCAUUGCGUCCGUGGGUCGUUGGACUUGACGGCCAAGUUGAUCCACGGAGCCGGCGACAUGCACGGAUACAUCGGACAAGGCGAAACGUUUUGCUUGCUCAAGUUCCGACGCAUGAUGCCGCCAGAAGACCCCGAGGAAACCCCCCACUUGCCGGCGUCCACUCGGGGCAUGAGCAUCCUCUGGAGGCAGCUCCGACCGGCGCUGGUCAAGACACAUCCCGUGCCGCUGUCACCGGAUGCCUUGUCGUUGUUGACAUAUCAAACGCCGGAUUGGGAAAACCAAGCCGCGAGAGUUAAAGACUGCACGAGACGCAUGCUAGACGACGUCCUGCCAUUGUUUGCAAGGAAGCUGGCCGAGAGGGAGGACUAUGUGACGUCACCGACGUUUUCGCUUGUCGGGGAACUCCACCGCCAUGGCAUCAACGUGCGGCAUCUGGGGCUGCUGCGGUCGUUGUUUUACUUUCAACUUGACGGGGCAGUCGCGUUGGCAUUCAACCAAGCUGUACUGUGUCCGACUGUGGAUUUAACAAGGGAGUUGACACGAGGAGAUACAAUCUACAUUCAAGGCCAGCGGUUCAAAGUAAGUGAACACGCGCAGGACGUUGUGUCGGACAAGGUGGUGACAGUCGAUCGCAAGUACACGGGCGAUUCAUGUCAGAACGUACCGCUUUACAAAGGGGAUAUUCAAUCCAAGCACGACUUGCGACGGUUGAUUCUAGUGGAAAUGCUCCAGCGCACAAUCAAGAACCUCGUCCGGGCGUCGCUCCGGUCAAUGUUACAAGCUAGACAACUUGCCAUGGGACCCACGACGCAGACUUCGUUGUUUGUGGUCGUGUUAAAUUACAUCAGCGGGUCCGGCGCUGGCUCGGACGCGUUUUGGAAAAACCAAGUGUUUGAUGGCGUCCGGGCUCGCUUUGGCUCAAUUGCCGUGUCGUUUGUGGAUCGGCUGAAUCUGCGACAGGCGCCAGUCGAAAUUGCCCGGUACCUGUCGACUGCGAUCGGGUUUGAGCUCACUCGGGACUGCUGGACGCGGUUCACGCAACACCCCCACGGGUUCUUGUUUACCAUCGACGACGUCCACGUGGACGUACCGUGUCGCAUCCGCCACAACCUGCUGGUGCUCCAUUUUGCGGCAGCGUCCAUGCUGUUGGACCAGGCCUCGACCGUCCAGCGCACGACGUACCCAGCUGCGAUACUGUUCGACGCUCCGUGUGGGUACUGGCCACUCAACGAACGAAAAGGGUCCAUCGUCGCCAAAAACAUGGUUUCCUCGACCGAUCACGGCAAGUUCUCGCCCCACUGCACGCUGGAAGCCGCAGGUCCCAUCGCCAACGACGACUUGGGUCGAUCUGUCGAGUUUUCAAAGGACGGAUGCAUCACGUUCGUCAAGGCGAAGAAGUGGGAGUCGAGUGCGACCCUGGAAGCAUGGGUACUUGUGAGUGCAUCAGGCCACGGCAUCCGUGCGAUCAUAAGCCACGGACGGUAUACACUGGCCGUGCUAAAGCGAAAUGUAUGGGGCGCGUGGAUCAACAUGAACAACAUUGACGUGGUGGUGGCGGGGCCGCCCGUCAUGCCAGACGUGUGGACGCACGUGGCCACUUCGUUUGAUGGCACUGCCUUGCAACUGUAUGUGAAUGGUGUGCUGUAUGGUGAUUUGGACGUUCGAUCUGAAGUGAACGCGCAACUCGAACGCCGCGAACAACGAUUUCAAGCGAUGCAACGCGAUAUUGACGACCAAGAGCGUCAUGCCAAGGACACAUGUAUGAAAGACGUGGACCGAGAAUGCCAGGCGUUGUAUCAAACCAAGGAAGGCAAGCGACUCUUAAAAGACUUGGCGAAAAAACUAACGGACGAAAUCGAGUUCAAAGCGCGGCUGAAGAAGGGGGCAUCAUCGACAGCGUCCCCUGUCACAGAUCCAGUCGAUAAACCAAUACAGGAAGAUGCAGCCAUACCCAGAAAAAAAGCCGACAUGGACACGAUGGCCAAGAAGCAACAUGCCAUGCAAAUGUUUUUCAAAAAGUCGGAAUCGAUCACGGCGUCGUAUCGACUUCUCCGAGACGAGCUCAAAGCCAAGAUACAAGUGGAAUUGGCGGACGCAUUGUCGCAGGACAAUCGGCCACUCCGCAUCGGAUGUGUGAGCAACGCGUGCUCCAACUCCAAGUUCUUUGUGGGGCGGCUGUGCCACGUGGCGUUCUACGCUCGAAGCGUCGACCGAGAUGUGCUUCUGCGCCACUUUGUCACAGGUACGCUCGAUCGGGCGUGGACGUCGGACGCCUUGUUUGAGCUCUCGGCCGUGCGAUUCACAAAAGCCCUCGAGUUUGCUCCAACGGAUGGCCCCAUGUUGGCGUCGUUUGCGGUCAACAUUUGCAGCGCGUUAAAGUACGACUUGGAGCAACGGCGAAGCCAAAACAUGUACAAAGCCAAGGUCCGGCGGGCGUUGCGGGCAUUCCGAUCGACGGAAAACGUCGAAGGGUGCGCCGAGAUCCUUCGGAACUUGCCCCACGACGUCCGCUUCAGUGACUUAUUCCGGGAAGCAUAUGCUUGUGUGAACGAGCUGCACCCGACGUACUGGACUAGGCAGAGCAACGUGUCGCUGCUCGAGCUGGACGCGCUGCCUCCUCAUUUCUUUAUGAGCGGCGAGACCAAAUCGUCAUCUAUGGCUGGCUUAAGUCGUGACGAAGUGACCGUGUAUGCAGAUAUCAUUCGGCGUGUGAUCGUCGAGUACCCGACGCAUUAUGGCGAUGGGCUGACCGAUCUCAAGUGGAUUUGCGACUUGGAAACCGAUAGCGUUGUCUUAUACUUUGUCCUGUGGAUCCGCGCGGGCGAAGACAGUCGCCGGUUCGACUUGUCAGGGGUUCCAGACGUGACUGACGUCGAUAUGGACGUCGUCACAGGCGCCAACCGAAGCUGCUUGGCGUUCAACUUGCACGGAUGUGUCCACUUGACCAGCAAGACCCUUUGCACGUUGAGCCUGCGAUGCAGUGCACUCGAAACGCUAGACGUGGGCCAGAUUCCCCACUUAACCGACGACGUGUUGGUCGCUCUGUCGAAAACAUGUCCAAAUCUGAAAGCCAUCCACAUGGACCGUUGCCCGCUGAUCUCAGACGUCGGCGUCGAAGCCUUUGAAGCGUGUCGGGACCUUCGCGAAGUGGGAUUUGGUUUCUGCGUCCGUGUCACAGACGAUGCGCUGCUAUCCCUGGCGUCACACACCCGCCUCUCUGCACUGAACGUGUCGGGGUGUUUGCAAUUGAGUGACUUUGUUGGACUGGCCAACAUUCUGCCAGCCAGCACGACGUUGACCUCGCUCGACAUUUCAGGCUGCCGUCGACUGACAGACCAUGGCAUCAUAGCCAUCGGAACGCGAUGCACCAAGCUCACACAUGUCAAUCUAGCGUUCUGCGACAAGGUCACUGACCGCGGCAUCUGGGCAAUCACACACAACUGCCUCGACCUAGUUUCGUUGAACGUGCAGGAGCUGCACCUUGUCACAGACAAUGUGUUUUCGUUCGAUCAACAAGGCGACGGACGGGCGGUCGUGUCCAAGUUACUCCUGGCUAAGCUACGCACGGUGGUGUUGGCAGAUUGUAAGUUGCUUACUGACACGGGUAUCGCGUACCUCUUGCAUCGGGCGCGGCAUCUGCAGUCGAUGGAUGUGUCUGGAUGUUAUCACUUGACCAACCAAGGGCUGGAGUUCAUCACGACCGAUAUCUUCAAUGGGUCAAUCACGGGUGAACAUUUGACCGUGCUCGACUUGAGCUACUGCAUGUCGCUGUCGUCGGACGGUGUGCGCUUCGUCCGCGAGCGGUGCAAGCAGCUGGUCACGGUGUCAUUGACUGGCUGUAUACUCCUCCAAGAUGCCGAAGUGAUUGAACUGGUCAAAGCAUGUGGGAAGAUUGCCAACUUGGGGCUCGGCUUCUGCCGCGAACUCUCGGACGACGUCCUAAUCGCGAUCUCCGACUGCUUAUGGCUAGACUCGCUGUUUAUCAACCGAUGCGCCAAGAUGACUGACGUGGGGGUCUGCGCGGUGGCGUCUCAGUGCACCGGCCUCCUCGCGGUGAACCUGUCGAGUUGCAAGCGCGUAACUGACGUCGCCGUCGACAGACUGUACGACAACUGCCCGAAACUAGCGCACUUGGACGUAACCUACUGCCCCCAUGUUACCCGGGGGGCGGCGUCGAGAUUCUCAAUCCAUCGACCGGACAUGAUGUUGAGGACAGACUUUGAAUCGCAAGGAUCACAAGAGCAAGGCGAAGGGAGUGAAGCGGCCGCGGAGAAACUGUUCCGACAACACUCGUGGAAGCAGCACCCAGUUGCAGUCGUCGGAACAUCGUCGCAUGAACAAGUCAUGGUCGACAAGCCACUUCGAGAUGCUGCUUUGUUGCGAUAGUUAACAUUGACACUGUCGAGACACACACUUCAUCCAACGAACUAACCAUGGCGAUUAGUAUGGCA